AUGAAUAAACUCGAAUAAAAAGCUGUUAGCUCUUUACUUAAACUAGCAAGAGAAGAAGACACAAUAACUUAAAGAGAUUGGGAACCUUAGUCUCCAAAGCAAGUUGAUUUUAUCUCACCUCAACCCAAAAGUCUUAAUUAACAUAGAAAAAAUGUUAAAGUGAUUUAAAAUCAUAAAGCCAGACAAAAAUCUUCAAUAGAGAUAAAUUAAAAUGAUGAUUAAUAAGUGUUAGGAUUUUCAUAAAAAGAAAAUUCACUAUAAUAAUUAAUAGAAGUGUAUAUGAAAUAAAUUCGGCAUACACAAAGAUAAAUGGAAUCAAUACACUAAUAAAAAUUUGAUUUAAAAUCAGGUUGGGUUAAUUUUAGUUCAAUAAUUCUCGAAAGCAAAGAGAAAUUACCUAAGAAACACAAAAGGUCUUCAUUAGAAUUAUAAGUAAAAGAAAAUAAUCAACAAAAAGUAUAGUAACAACAAUCAUUCAAAAAGACACCGCUUCGAAAAGUAUUAAAUAAUGAUUCUUUUUUUUUACCAAAAUUGAAGUCAACAUAUCUAAAAUGA